AUUCGGAGCGUUGGUAACACUGAGAGCAGUACCGUUACUACACUGUUUUGGCGCCAAGCAUUCUCAUACAGCUUUCACUUCCAGCUUGGUCACAUUGCUUGGAAACGACGCAUUCAAUGGCAACACCACGGGGUCCUUACCGGUAUGAGCUGCUUGCCUCGGACCUUCUCGACGCGUCGGUGUGCACACUUGUAUCAACGAAAGCAUGCGUCGUCUGCAGGCAGCCUGUCGGGCUGCCAGAACGCUUGAGCAGCACCAACUGCCGCCUCUGUGGUGACGCAAUGUGUCUUGCGUGCACCUUUCUCGUUCCAGUGACAGGCCGCGACGACAAGGUGUCGGUCUGCUCACUAUGCUUUCAGAGCCAUGAACGACUUCAAGGACCUCAUAUCGCCGAGAUCGAGUCCAUGGCGCUCCCCGCGCACCUCGUGCUCUCCGGCCCCAAAGUGUUUGCGCGUCCAGAGGACCUCGUGCCCCCGGAUGCGAGCGCUCCCCGCGACACGACGUGUGCGGGGUGUGCUAGGAGCUUUACGCUCCUGCGUCGCCGUCACUGGUGUGCUACGUGUGGUCUGGCCUACUGCGAACGGUGUACGUCGAAUGGACUCGCGCUGUGGCCAGACGCUACGACGUCCAUCGAGAUUGAAACGUGCACGACGUGUGCGGCGAUCGCGCACGUUGAUAAGAGUUAUGCGUCGUGCAAAACACUUCAGGCCCAGAUUCGCACUCUGGUGACGUCGCCCACCUUUCCUGCCAACACGCAGCAGCUUGCGAAGGACGGGACCCUCUACGAAGCGCUCAUCCGCGAUACAAAACGCGUGCUGCCCGAGCGCAAUUUAGCAUCAACCGUGACACUCGUGCCGCCAGGACAGCGAUCCGCGUGCUUUGACUGCAAGAGCCGCGUCCGCUUCGGGCUCUGCAAGCGCCAUUGCGCCAUGUGCGGCGAGCUCUUUUGCGUUUUGUGUCUCGACACUGUGUUUGCGGCGGGAGCGACGCCGCGCGAGCACAUGCGCACGGUAGCGCAGUGCUUUGAGUGCCACGCCAAGCAAAUCACUGGCGAGAACCCGUGGUUGUCCACAUCGACUUAACCCAAGUGAUGCGCUUGAAACGAGUCGUCGUAUGUCGAGACGCGAGUACAUUUACGUCGACGAGGUUGUGGACCGGCUCAACCUAGCGCCGAUACGAGCUAAAACCGAAGUGUAUAUACUGUGCUUUUCGCAA